AUUUUAGAUUAUUCUUCAAAAUUCUUUUUGCCAAAGCCAGCAAAAGAGACCCUAGUCCCAGCGUGUAGGAGAGACUUCGACUCGAACCAGCACAGCGGGUGUCUUCGAGUCUUGGAGCCUUCGCCGGCAAGGGAGCCUUCGCCGGCAAGGGAGCCUUAGCCAGAGCCCUUCGUCUUCCAGUCUUCGUGAAUCGUCAAGCUGCUUUAAGCAGAAAUUAUGGGCCCUCGACAAUGUCAAGUCUGUAAUGAAGCGCUAUCGAAGUACAAAUGCCCUUCAUGUCUUGUCCCAUACUGUUCUCUAGCCUGUUUCAAGAAGCAUAAAGAAAUUCCAUGUGUUAAGCCAGUGCCAUCUGAGGAAAAGGCUGGUGUAGAUCCACUAUUGUCUGUAGAACGACCAUAUUUUGUUAAUGAACCAAGCGAAGUGCUGGAGAAGUCGCAACUAGAGUCAAUAGUUUCAUCCAGAGAAAUUCGCGACGCAUUAAAGGAUGAAGACCUUCAAAAGCUCAUACAAAAAAUUUAUUGUUCCCCAGAUGCAGAGAAUGAACUUGAGAGAGCCAUGGGUGUGGAGGCGUUCCGCAUGUUCAGUGACACGGUAUUGCCUUUAAUAUCUAUUGGAUUACCCUUACAUAGUUUUAUAUGGUUGACAUCUUUAAAUAUUUAUAAAUCCUGGUUACAUUUUCAUAUUAUUGUUGGUUCGGAGGUUAAAUUAUUUGAGCACACCGGAAACUUAUGACCGAAGUUUUUGUGUCAGAUUUUGUCAGCUGUAAGCCAGUGAUUGCUGGCAAGAUGUCUGUUCUGGGAAAGCUGUUUGUUUUUUUGGAGAAGUUUGUACAAGCACGUCCCUGUUCAUUCGGGCCUUGAGAUCAAAGAAGGGAGCUUCUUCAGUGAUCUGAAGCCUGAUUGAAGGUGGAUUGUUCUUCAGUUAAUGUUAUUUUUGGCUUAGUAAUGCGAAUUGAUGUGUAGAACUGAAGUAUUUUGUAGGAACUAUUGUACCUGGAUUGUGGAUGCUCAACCCAAACUUGUUUAAUUAGUUAUUAUGGGCACUUGUUAUGUUCAAUAGAACAGAAAUUUUAGGGACCA